GUUAGACAGUUAGAGAAUAGAGUUCGCAGUAUUCUUUAAUUGUUUUUGGUUGGCUUAUCUGUUGUGAUUAGUUUACAAUCUUACACUUGAAAGAAAAGCUUCUGAGGUUAUCUUGCUUAUUAGAAAGGUUUUUGCCAAGCGCCAGGCAUUUGAAAUGGCUAAAAUUCAAAAGACACUCUUGUGGUUAUGCAUCAAAACCGUGGUCUGUUAACUACGGUCGUCAUCGUUUGUGGGAUUGUCAGUUUCCAGUUGUUUUCUAACAUGUAUUAUGCUGCUCCGGAACCGUACGUGGACGAGGAAUUCCAUAUUCCGCAAGCUCUGCGUUACUGUAAUGGAAAUUUCAGUGAGUGGGAUCCAAAAUUAACAACCCUUCCUGGGUUAUAUUUUGUCAGCCUGGCUUUGUGGAAAGUUAUUCCCCUAUUCAUUCCGAUAAAACAUCCAUGUGUUCUGUGGAAUUUACGUUUGACUAAUUUCUUCUUCGGGUUGGCAACAAUACCCCUGUUUUUGGCCGUGUUAAAGGCUUUUCAUCAUCAGCAUGGCCAGCGGGAAUCCGAAGGAAAAUUAUUGUUCACAGCUGUGAACAUGGCAACGUUUCCGCUGCUGUAUUUUUUUAUGUUUCUGUACUACACGGAUCAGGCGUCGACAUUUUUCGUCUUUUUAACCGCUUUCUUUCACUUGCGCGAGGCAAGAAGCCUUGCAGCCUUGGCAUCAGCUGCAGCAGUAUUUACUCGACAGACCAAUGUGAUGUGGGUGGCGUUUUUCGCUCUCUGGGAGAUAUGGCGGAAUUAUCAAAUUGUUAUGGCCAAUGUGCUUAAGAAAGACCAAUUGGAGAAAAUCUCCCCCGAUGAAGAUUUGCAGGUUCUCUUUGCUCCAUUUGUUUCCCUGAAACGGAUGCCAACUGCUGCAAAUUUUCGACGACUUUGUGGAUUUUUUAUGGGCGUGAUUUUUGAGAGUGUGCCACGCAUUUGGGGAUAUGGAUUGGUGAUGUUGGCGUUUCUGACUUUCGUGAUCAUCAACCAAGGCAUCGUUGUAGGUGACCGCUCGGCGCAUCAGCCAGUGAUCCAUAUUUCGCAGUUAUUCUAUUUUGCUUCUUUUGUCCUAUUCUUUGCUUCGCCAUUUGUGUGCUCUCCGACGAAACUGCAAAGGUUUUUGGCCCAUUGCUACCAGUAUCCAUUGAUAAUGAUCGUGGCUUUGAAGGGCAUCCUCUUGUCGAUCAAAUAUUUUUCCUAUGUACACCUCUACUUAAUAUCGGACAACCGCCACUAUAUAUUUUAUAUCUGGAAGAGAAUUUUCGAAAAGGACGAAAGGGUAAAAUAUAUUUUGGCGCCGGUGUAUUUGUAUGGAUUAUGGGCUAUAUUUGACGUUUUAAAGUACUACAAAUUUUUCCGAAUUUUGGCCUUUUUCCUUGUGAUAAUUUUAACGUUGGUGCCACAACAACUAUUAGAGUUUCGUUAUUUCAUUGUGCCUUAUUUGAUUUUUCGGAUGCAUUUUUUCAGACCGUCUUAUAGGCAGUUAGUAUUAGAAUUUUUGUUGUUUCAAGCCGUUAAUGCCAUAACUUUAUAUUUGUUUAUUUAUAAGCCGUUUUAUUGGAAUGGUUCCCAAAACGUUCAACAUUUUAUGUGGUGAGAUCUGCCUGUUACUUUCAACUUUGCACAUCACAGUGUUUGCCUAUUUGGCCAUAUUUCUUUAUUCUGUUAAUAAAGUUCAUAGCACAAUUUGUUGUGAAAUAUUUUCUGUGCGUCGAUAUUUUUUUACAAAGCGGAGGCAGUCAAAAUCAUAAAACGUGGAUAAGUGCGGAACAUGAGAUCAGAGUCGAACACUGCCCUUCAAUCCGUAAGAAGCCGUCGGUAGUUUGAUUGAUCCAUACAAUGUCG